UUAUAGCAUUUCAGGCUGCCUUUCGAGCUCAGGGACCCCUGGCUGUGCUGGAGCACUUUGAUACUAUCUACAGCAUUUUACAUCACUUUCGAAGCAUAGAUCCUGGCCUCAAAGAAGACACUCUGGAAUUCCUGAUAAAAGUGGUGUCCCGCCACUCCCAAGAGCUUCCAGCCAUCCUGGACGAUACAACUUUGAGUGUGGCAGAUAGAAAUGCCCAUCUAAAUGCUCUCAAAAUGAACUGUUAUGCUCUGAUUCGCCUCUUGGAAUCCUUUGAGACCAUGACCAGCCAGGCAAAUCUCAUGGACCUGAACCUUGCUGGGAAGGGCAAGAAAUCCCGGACCAAGCCAGCCCUUGGUUUUAACUGGGAAGAAGAGAGGCAACCAAUUCUCCAGCUUUUAACACAGCUACUCGAAUUGGAUAUUCGUCACCUGUGGAACCACUCUGUAAUUGAAGAGGAAUUUGUCAGUUUGGUUACUGGCUGUUGCUACCGCCUUCUGGAGAACCCUACCAUUAGUCACCAGAAGAACCGCCCCAUGCAGGAGGCCAUCACACGCCUGCUUGGUGUGGCCUUGACGCGUUACAAUCACGUGCUCAGUGCCACCGUGAAGAUCAUCCAGAUGCUGCAGCACUUUGAGCACCUGGCAUCUGUGCUGGUGGCGGCUGUGAGUCUGUGGGCAACUGAUUAUGGAAUGAAGAGCAUAGUAGGAGAGAUUGUAAGAGAGAUUGGACAGAAGUGUCCCCAGGAGCUGAGUCGGGACCCUGCAGGAACCAAGGGCUUUGCAGCCUUCCUAACAGAACUAGCAGAACGUGUACCAGCUGUCCUGAUGUCCAGCAUGUGCAUUUUGGUAGAUCAUCUGGAUGGAGAGAAUCACAUGAUGCGCAAUGCUGUGCUGGCAGCCAUGGCAGAGAUGGUACUGCAGGUUCUGAAUGGUGACCAGCUGGAAGAAGCUGCCCGAGACACCAGAGACCAGUUCUUGGAUACCUUACAGGCCCAUGGCCAUGAUGUCAACUCCUUUGUGCGGAGCCGUGUUUUGCAGCUCUUCACCCGGAUCGUCCAGCAGAAGGCUCUGCCCCUGACACGUUUCCAGGCAGUGGUAGCCUUGGCCGUGGGACGUCUGGCAGACAAGUCAGUGCUAGUAUGUAAAAAUGCCAUCCAGCUGCUAGCCAGCUUUCUAGCCAAUAAUCCUUUUUCCUGCAAGCUUAGUGAUACUGACCUUGCUGGACCACUGCAGAAGGAGAUGCAGAAGUUACAAGAGAUGAGGGCCCAGAGGCGAGCUGCAGCUGCUACCGCAGUGCUGGACUCAGAGGAGGAGUGGGAGGCCAUGAUACCAGAGCUGAAGUCUACCCUGCAGCAGCUUCUAAAGCUUCCCCAGGAGGAAGAGAUUCCCGAGCAAAUUGCUAAUUCGGAAACUGCUGAAGAGGUGAAAGAACGUAUCCGUCAGCUGCUUGCCAAAGCUAGUUACAGGCAGGCCAUCGUUCUCACUCGGGAAGCCACAGGCCACUUCCAGGAGUCUGAACCCUUCAGACAUACAGACCCAGGAGAGUCAGGGGAGACCAGGUUCCUGAAUCUCUUAGGAAUUAUCUUCAAAGGACCAACAGCUUCUGCACAAGAGAAGACACCCCAGCAGUCUGCAGGGAAUGCGGUCCCGGGACAGAUUGUCUGUAAAAACAAGCCUAGUGCGUCGGAGCCUGAGGGGACCAGGGGCAACGAGGACCUGAUGAAGCAGGAGAUGCUGGUUCAGUACCUGCAAGACGCCCACAGCUUCUCUCAGAAGAUCACAGAGGCCAUCAGCAUCAUCGGCAAGAUGAUGUAUGAAAACACAACUACAGUGGUGCAGGAGGUGAUUGAGUUUUUUGUGAUGGUGUUCCAUUUUGGGGUGCCCCAGGCCCUGUUUGGGGUGCGCCGCAUGCUGCCUCUCAUCUGGGCCAAGGAGCCAGGCGUCCGGGAAGCUGUGCUCAAUGCCUACCGCCAGCUCUACCUCAGCCCCAAGGGGGACUCUGCCAGAGCCAAGGCCCAGGCUUUGAUUCACAACCUCUCUUUGCUGCUGGUAGAUGCUUCAGUUGGGACCAUUCAGUGUCUUGAGGAAAUUCUCUGUGAAUUCGUGCAGAAGGAUGAGUUGAAACCAGCAGUGACCCAGCUGCUGUGGGAGCGGGCCACCGAGAAGGCCCCCUGCUCUCCUCUGGAGCGCUGCUGCUCGGUCACACUUCUGGGCAUGCUGGCACGAGGAAAACCAGAAAUCGUGGGAAGCAACCUAGACACACUGGUGAGCAUAGGGCUGGACGAGAAGUUUCCACAGGACUACAGGCUGGCCCAACAGGUGUGCCAUGCCAUUGCCAGCAUCUCUGACAGGAGAAAGCCUUCCCUGGGCAAACGGCACCCCGCCUUCCGGCUGCCUCAGGAGCACAGGUUGUUUGAGCGACUACGGGAGAUAGUCACCAAAGGCUUUGUCCACCCGGACCCUCUCUGGAUUCCAUUCAAAGAGGUGGCCGUGACCCUCAUUUACCAGCUGGCAGAGGGCCCCGAGGUGAUCUGUGCCCAGAUCCUGCAGGGCUGUGCAAAGCAGGCCCUGGAGAAGCUGGGAGAGAAGAGCGCCACCCAGGAGGACCCACAGGAGACGCCCCCUGCGCUCCCCACUUUCCUGUUGAUGCACCUGCUGUCCCUGGCUGGGGACGUGGCUCUGCACCAGCUGGUGCACUUGGAGCAGGCGGUGAGCGGAGAGCUGUGUCGGCGCCGCGCUGUCCGGGAGGAGGAGGAGCACAAGGCCAGAGACCCGAAGGAGAAGAAUACGAGCUCUGAGACCACCAUGGAGGAGGAGCUGGGGCUGGUCGGGGCCACUGCCGAUGACACGGAGGCAGAACUGAUCCGGGGCAUCUGCGAGAUGGAACUACUGGAUGGCAAACAGACACUGGCUGCCUUCGUUCCGCUGUUGCUGAAAGUCUGCAACAACCCUGGCCUCUACAGCAACCCAGACCUCUGCGCAGCUGCCGCUCUUGCCCUUGGCAAGUUCUGCAUGAUCAGUGCCACUUUCUGCGACUCCCAGCUUCGCCUUCUGUUCACCAUGCUGGAGAAGUCUCCGAUCCCCGUUGUCCGGUCUAACCUCAUGGUUGCCGCUGGGGAUCUGGCCAUCCGCUUCCCCAACCUGGUGGACCCCUGGACACCUCAUCUCUAUGCUCGCCUCCGGGACCCGGCCCAGCACGUGCGGAGGACGGCGGGGCUGGUGAUGACCCACCUGAUCCUCAAGGACAUGGUGAAGGUGAAGGGGCAGGUGAGCGAGAUGGCCGUGCUGCUCAUCGACCCCGAGCCACAGAUCGCCGCCCUGGCCAAGAACUUCUUCAACGAGCUUUCCCACAAGGGCAACGCCAUCUAUAAUCUCCUUCCAGACAUCAUCAGCCGCCUGUCAGACCCGCAGGGGGGAGUGGAGGAAGGGCCUUUCCACACCAUCAUGAAGCAGCUCCUCUCCUACAUCACCAAGGACAAGCAGACAGAGAGCCUGGUGGAAAAGCUGUGUCAGCGCUUCCGCACCGCCCGGACUGAGCGGCAGCACCGGGACCUGGCCUACUGUGUGUCGCAGCUGCCCCUCACAGAGCGAUGCCUCCGCAGGGCGCUGGACAAUUUCAGCUGCUUUGGGGACAAACUGUCCGACGCGACCGUCUUCAGCGCCUUCUUGUCGGUUGUGGGCAAGCUGCGGCGCGGCGCCAAGCCCGAGGGCAAGGCUGUCAUAGAUGAAUUUGAGCAGAAGCUUCGGGCCUGUCAUACCAGAGGCUUGGAUGGAAUAGAGGGGCUCGAGAUUGGCCAAGGAGCUAGUCAGAGAACCCCGUCAGCCGAGAAGCAACGCGCUGUCUCUAGGCGCCAGCCUCCAGCUUCUGCAGCCUUAAACGACUUUGCCACACCAGAGCCCCGUUGUGCCACGUCCCGUCAUCCAAACAGCCGGCGGCGAGUGUCCACAAAGAAACCCAAAAUUGUCUUCUCAAGCGAUGAGUCCAGUGACGAAGAGCUUUCAGCGGAGAUGACAGAAGACGAGACGCCCAAGAAGACAACCCCUAUCCGCAGGGCGUCCACGCGCAGGCCCAGGUCCUAGGUCAACAUCUUCUGGCCCCGUCCCUCCUGUGCAGGGUGUCUUGUGGGGGCCCCGUGACCUCUAAUUCUGUUCCCCUUGUAAGAUACUUGUGUGUUUGCCGGUCUCCUUUUAAAAAAACGUGUGACAUUUACCGUGCAAGGCAUUUCUCUUAAACUAGCCUCGCUGAACUGCACUGAACUGAUUUUACUUUGGAAUAUGUUUGCCAACCUCCUUGUUUUCUAAUGAAUAAAUGUUUUUAUAUACUUUUA